AUGGCACAGCCAGUCGAAAGUCCAGAGGUCUCCGUAAACGCGGCAUCGAAGGAUACGUGGUCCGCAUCCACGUACAACAAUACCGCUUCGUUUGUGUAUUCGCCGGCAUUCACCUCCGUGGUCUUGUCGCUGCUCGACGCAAAGCCUGGGGAGAAGAUCAUCGACAUCGGAUGCGGAAGCGGGGAAGUCACGCGCGAGAUCCAACGCCUGGUUGGCGCUGCUGGGCUCGUUGUCGGCAUGGAUAGCAGCGAGAGUAUGGUCAGCCAGUGCAAGCAAAAUGGCCUCGAGCAUGCAUUCGUCGGGGAUGCACAAGACUUCGAAGUUCCCGCCGACUUCCCAGGCCAUUUGCGUGGCGGCUUUGACGCGGUCUUCUCCAAUGCAGCCUUGCACUGGUGCAAGCGCAAGCCGGAAGGCGUUCUCACUUGUGCCAGGCGCAUUCUGAAACCAGGCGGAAGAUUCGUCAUUGAAAUGGGCGGCCUGAUGAAUUGCGUCGGUGUGCGAGCGACUCUGCAUAAAGUGCUCCGCACCAAAGGGUACAAUCCGGAUGAACUGGAUCCUUGGUAUUUCCCAUCUAUUGAGGAUUAUAGAGAGCUCCUAGAAUCUGCAGGAUUUGAAGUGCAGCACAUCUCGCUGAACCCGCGCAUAACGCCUUUGAACGGCCAAUUGAUCGACUGGCUACGUCUUUUCUGCCGGCCGCAUUUCCUGGCCGAAAUGGCAGAUGAAGAGGCCGAGGAGAUCAUGUCGACCGUGCAGGACAUCUGCCGCAUCGAUUGCAUGGAUUCCCGAGGACGAUGGACGAUGAUGUAUACCCGCCUGCGAGUCGUUGCAAUCCUGAAAUCGGCCCCUUAA